CAGCUUAGAUAAGGAUAAUAGCGAGAGCUUUUGCUUCUUUAGAAACGGCUUUUGUUGACCAUCCUUGUUUUCUGCACAAUGGAUGGCGUGCGGUGUAUAGACUCUCUGGCUGCGGGGAAUGCUCCACAUGAUUCUUUCCGGACCCUUGGACCCACACUCCUGAUUUCGAUGGCGUAUCUUGACCUCGGAAAGUGGGUGAUUGCGUUGGAAUCUGGGUCUCGGUUUGGGUAUGAUCUUGUGCUACUGAUGCUGUUUUUCAAUUUGUCGGCCAUUCUAUGUCAGUAUCUCUCAAGUCGUAUUGGCAUGGUCACCGGGAAGAACCUUGCAGAGAUUUGCCACCAGGAGUACAGUCCGACGAUAUGUGUUGUUCUUGGGGUUCAGGCAGGACUGUCCUUGUUAACUUCCGAAGUAUCCAUGAUUGCAGGCACAGUAGUUGGGUUCAAACUUGUAUUCGAAUACGAUGAUCCUAUCACAGUCAUAUGGUUUACAAGUCUUGUAGUAAAUCUGCUACCAUACACGCUCUCCCUUCUGGACAAGAGGAUGGCUGGAAUGUUUAAUACCUACGUAGCUGGCUUUACACUUGUUUGUUUUGUGCUUGGUUUACUAGUCAGUCAUCCAAAAAACCCUGUCAAUAUGAAUGUUAUGUUCCCCAAGUUGAGUGGUGAAAGUGCUUACUCACUGAUGGCGCUACUUGGCACAAAUAUAAUAGUACACAGUUUCUAUACUCAUUCAUCAGUUGUUCAGGUUCAGAGAAGAUUUCCGGUUCUUGCCCUUGGCUCCCUAUUUCGUGACCACCUUUUUUCUAUAGUUUUCUCCUUUUCUGGGAUUUUUCUUGUGAACUAUGUUCUGCUGAGCUCAGCGGCAGAUGAAUCAAAAAAUGCAAUGGCCAUUCACUUUCAAGAGGCAAUACAGUUAAUGAAUCAGAUAUUUACAAAUCCUGUGGCACCAAUUGUGUUAUUAGUGAUCCUUGUCUUUUCUGGCCACCUCAUCUCAAUGACCUGUAUUAUUGGAAGUGACAUAAUUUCAGAGAAUCUCUUUGGUGUUAAAUUGCCUCUGUUUGCACAUCAUAUCCUACCCAAGGUUUUUGCCAUGAUUACUACUAUCUACCAUGCGAAGGUUGCAGGUUCCGAGGGGUUAUAUCAGUUGCUCAUCAUGUGCCCAGUUAUCCAGGCUAUGUUUCUUCCUUCAUCUGUUAUCCCUGUUUUCCGUGUUUCGUCAUCAAGAUUAUUGAUGGGAAGAUACAAAAUAUCGCUAUAUGUUCAAAUAUUGGCCUUGCUUGCAUUUCUUCUUACGCUGUUUACAAAUAUCAUUUUCGCGGCGGAAAUUCUUUUUGGUGAUAGCACUUGGACAAAUGACCUGAAAGGAAAUACUGGGAGCCCUAUUGUACUUCCUUAUGCUGCUGUAGCCCUGAUCUCUUGCGCAUCGAUUACCUUUGCACUGUUCCUUGCUGUUAAUCCACUAAAAUCAGCAUGUACUGAAGCUGAGGAACUGUUGUCAUCUGUGCGCUCACAGAGAGAAAAAUUGGACAAAGCUCGUCAGAGCGAAGCUGCUUCUCUGAAGCAUUCCAAAUCAGCUUUUGAGCAUACCAGUCAUUCCAAAUCAGCUCUUGAGCAUGAUGGCAAUUCUGGUACUUCUAUACAAUCAACUGCUCAUAUUAUUAAUCCUGAAGCUCAACCCUCACCGUCUAUAAACUGUGAGGAGACAAAGUCAGCUGUGGUUGACUGGACACAGCCAAUGUCUAAAGUUUGUACUGCCACCAUCGUAGAGCAUAGUACGCCGGAGAACUUAAUUGUUAACAGCUUGAGUAAAAAGGAUGCUUAGGGAAGAAGAUGGUGAUGCUGGCUGGUAAUGUCAGUGGUAGCCUCUCAACAAUGUUUGGGCGUGUGCUGCAAGAAGGCAGUCAGGCACAGCGACUUCCUAGAUCUUCUGCAUAUUCCUAAGUAUACUGACCUUUGUCAUGCAUGUUCUUAACCAGAUGUGCUUUGAGCUGCAUUUGAAGAAUCACAAUGCGUGGACUCCACAACCAGGCUCUAGUCUCAAACUUGCAGAUAAGUGGGGCUCUUGCAGCAUAAGCUUCAGAGAGAAGUCCUCUCUGUGCAGUUGGAGUAUGAACAGCAACAUUAAAAAAUCCCUUCAGGCCUAUCAAUCAUUCAGUGUAGAAAGCGAUUAAGUAAAUGAGAGUGAGGUGAUCAUUGGAAAGGGAUCAAUUAGCGCAGCCAAGGAUAAUUCUCUUAAGCGGAACUUCUAAGAAAGUAUGCUUGCAUUCUUAACUUGAGGGGACCCUUGGACCAGUAUUUCUUCAGGCCCCAAGAAAUGUGCUUUUCCUGAGAGAGCAGCUGCAGCCUGGUUGCAAAUGCAAAGGUCAUCCCUGGCACGUUCACCGCAGUAGCUGUGAUCUUGUAGUCGAUCAGUGAUGUGGAGGAGGCGACGUGCAACAUCCGGCGCAUGAGAUGUGUGCGGGGGUGUAAAAUUUCACCGCAACCUGCGCACUUCGGAGUUUGGACGGGCACAUCACAGAGUUCAGCCCGGGAUUCCUUUGAAGACCAUGUAGCUCAGGUUAAGGAAACAUGCAUAGAGUUGAGCUCAGAUCAGAUGCAAUCUGCCGUCAUUUGGAUUUGAUGGUUCUGCGCGUACGACGUGUGCUGAUGUGCAGCGCGCCAAUGCCAGGCCUUUUUUUUUUCUUUUCGAUACUGGUGCUUGUGCAAUGCCAGGCUUGGAAAGAGAUUUCCAUGAGAACAUCCGAGUCUGCACGACGUGUGCCCAUCCGCUAGUUGGUUGGAUCGUCGGGUUGUUCGUACCCGGUUCGACCGUUUUGCUGCUUGGUUGGAGUUGCU